CAUUAGUGCUAGGUAGCAAAGCUGACAGACGCGAAGCGCCUCCUCCAUCCAAUUGCACCGCUUCACUCUGCCCAAUUUACCCAACCGCCAGUACGCAUAUAAAUACCAUGCGUCUAUAUCUCUGUCACUGCUGAACCUGGAUCGGGAGAGGCAAAGUUCAGGCGGCACUACUGGCACGCUACUUACCCCGGCGCCACUUGCUUCGCACCGCUUGGCACGCCAACGCCAAGCAUUCUAGCAGCAUUAGUUGCCGCUAUACUUGAUUAGCUCAUAGACGGCCCGUCGUCGGUGCUCCCGACGUCUCGCGCGACUCUUACCAUCGCGCACAGCGGGCGGCACAUUGGCGACGCACAGACGCACUACGCGACCUACUUCUCGCGACGACCCAUCAUCGCGCUGGCUCCUCGGACCUUAGGAUUCGCGGCCGUCGCGACAGGGCUCUAGGAGUUAGAUGAGCAGGCGGUACUAUGACGACUCGGACAGCGACGUCGACUUGCGCUCCGGCCGCUCGCGCUCGUCGGCGUCGCGCCGCUACGACUACGGCGCGAAGCGCAAGGAGGCCAGUCGGCCCUGGACCCAGGAGGAGACGGACUGGCUCAUCACGGUAGUCUCGCGCCUGGGCACCGACAACUACGAUGCCAUCAAUUGGCAGGAGGUGGCGAGGCAGGUGCCCGGCCGCACCGGCAAGCAGUGCCGCGAGAAGUGGAAGAACGACCUUCGGCCCAACAUCAGCAAGGACCCCUGGUCACUCAAGGAGGAGUACGUGCUGGCGCUGGCGCACAGCCUGCACGGCAACCGCUGGAGCGAGGUGGCGCGCUACCUGCCCACGCGCCCCGAGAACACCAUCAAGAACCGCUGGUAUGCCACCAACCGCGCCAAGGCCGAAGUGAAGCUGCGCACCUUCCUGUGGCUCUACACCGACCUGGUGGACCGCCAGUCCUUCCCCGCCGGGCCCGAGGCCAUCGACCUGGCCCGCGACCUGUACCGCAAGCUGCCCGAUGUGGUGCCGCUGGAGGAGUUCGAGGUGCCCGUGGACUUUUACAUCGGCGAGUCGGGCCUGCCGUCGGCUGACACCCGGCCCGAGAUCAAGAUCAUUGGCCGCGGCAAGGCCAAGCCGCACGUGCCAGGAUCCACCCAGGUCGGCGGCGGCGGCAAGGGCGGCGGCAAGAGCAGCGGCGCCGCCAGCCGCGCGGCCCGUGCAGCGGCGGCGGCCACCGUCGCUGCGCCGUCCGGCAGCAACCCGUCCUCAGGCGCCGCCGGCGGCGCCGCCGCCGGCAGCGGCGGCGGCAGUGCUGGCGGCGGCGGCGGCGGCGCCUCUGAAGGUGACGCCAACUGCUACGUCAAGGUCGGCGGGCUGCUGCCUGGCGGCGCCGUCGCGGCAGAGAUGGUGCCCGCCGCCGGCUCCGCCGUCAAGCCGCCGGCGCCGCCGCAGCGCAAGCGCAAGGCCUCGGUGCUGGCGCUGGAGGCGGCGGCGGGCGCCGCCGCCAAGCCCGGCGGCUCUGGCGGCUCUGGCGGCUCCGGCGGGCAGCAGCGUAAGCAGCUGAGCGGCGAUGUGGCCAUGAAGCUGUCUGAGUCCACCCUGUCUGAGGAGGGCGCGGUGCGGCUCGGCGCAGUCGGCGGCGGCGCGGCGGCGCACAUGCAGCUGGGUGGCGGCGGCGGCGGCAUGGCGGCGCCGACGGCAUCUGCGACUGGCGGCGCGGCGCGGUCACCGCUGGGUGCCGACGGCAGCAGCGGCGGCAUUGUGGGCGGUCCGCACGGCCACGGCCACGGCCACAUGCACCCCGGCGGCCACCCCGGCAGCUACCCCUACCCGCACCCCUACCCGCACGCCCGCGCGCACUCCCCGGUGGAUGCGGAGCUGCUGUGGCAGACGGCCAUGGAGGGCUUCAGCGGCAGCCCCGCACGCAAGGUGCCUCGCAUCGGCGGCCCGCGGCUGAGCGCUGGCGGCCGCGGCGGCGGCAGCAGCGGCGGCAGCCACAUCACCUCGUCAGCCGGCGGCGGCGGCGGCGGCCUGUUCGGUCCCGGCGGCCCUGGCGGCCCCGGCGGCCCCAUGAUGCACCCUGGCGCCGGCGGCGGCUACCCUGGCGCCGCUGGCAUGGAUCCAUCCCUCGAUCCGUACGGCGCCCACCACGGCCACGCCGGUUCCAUCAUGCCGUACGGCUUCCGCCUGCCCGGCUCCGGAUCCGACGGCGGCGCUGGCGGCGGCUCGCCUGGCGGCGGCCCCUCUCACCCCUACGCGGCCCACCCGCACCACAUGCACCACGCGCAUCACCACCCACACUCGCACCUCUACCCGCCGCACCACGCGCCGCACCCGCACUCGUACCCGAGCCACAUGGACCCGCAUGGCGGCGGCCCUGGCGGCCCCAGCGGCGGCGGCGCGCUGCCGCCGCUGCCUGGCGGCGGCAACGGCGGCGGCUCUGAGGGCGGCGCUGGCGACAUUGGCGCCCUGAUGAUGAUGGGGCACGGGGACGGCGACAUCUUCGGCCUCACUGACGGACUGGACCUGGCGUCACUCACGGCGCUGAUGGGGCCCGGCGAGGGCGGCCACGGCGGCGGCGAGGCGGGUGGCGCCGGCGACAUGGCGAUGGCCCACGAGGCGAUGGCCGGCCUGCACGCCGACGCCAUGUUGUCCGGCCUCACACUCGGAGCCCAGCACCAGCAGCACCAGCAGGGGCACCAGCAGGGUCACCAGCAGGGGCACCACCAGCAGCAACAACAACAGCAGCGACAACAGCAACAGCAGGGCCAGGCGCAGCAGCAGCAGCAACAGGGAGGUGCGUCUUCCUCCCUGCACGAGCAGCAGCAGCAGCAGCAAGGGCAGGCGCUGACACCUCGGGGCGGUGGCGCCCGCGGCUCCGGCUCCGGCCCCGUCACCUCCACCACCCCCUCCACGCCGCUGUCGCACCCGCCGCCUGGGCCGACGCCUGCGCACGUGCCGCACACAGUCACCACACUGCCGCCGCAGCUGCAGGCCGUCGCGUCCUCGCCCUUCCCCGUCCACCCGCUGCGCCAGGCCGCAUCUCAGGGCUCGGCGCUGCAGGGUGCUGCCAGCGCGCCGCUGGCCGCCGGCGGCCACCCGCACUAUCCACCUCACUCGCACCUGCACCCCCACCACCCGCACCGCUCGGUGGCGCACAGCAUGUCCCAGGGCAGCUACCCGCUGCCGCCGCUGCAGCCGCCGCCCUCCUCGUCCUCGCUCCAGGGGCUGCAGGCUCACGACAGCGGCGCCGCCGGACCCGAGGCGGCGGCGGCGGCGGCGCAGCUGCCGAUCCGCGGCAGCCUGCCCUUCCCGCCCGCCGCCCAGCAGCACUCCCAGCAGCAACAGCAGCAACCGCUCCAGCACUCGCACUCACAACCGCAUCAGCAUCAUCAGCAUCAGCACCAACCGCUGGAGAUGCUGGAGGGCGAGCACCCGGCGGCGGCGCCACAGCCGUCCUCGAGCCAGGCCGCAGGCGCCGAGUCCUCCGGGGCGGCUCCGCCACCGCCGGCCGCGGGCGGAUUGCCGCCACACGGCGGCCACGGCGCAGUAAUGCUGCACCCCGGCGUGCGGCAGCGGCUGCCGUCGGGCCACCCGCCGCCCAUGCACCCCCACCACAUGCAUCCAGCCUACUUGUACGGGCCCUACGGGCCGCCGCCGCCGGGUUACGGCCCGCCGCCGCCGGGCUAUGGCCCGCCGCCGCCGCAUCUGGUGCCGCCGCCGGGCCGAGUGCCGCUGCCCCCCAUGCACCCCGCCGCCUCCGCCGCCCGCAGCUCGUCGUCUCAAGCGCCGGGCGGCGCAGUGGGGCCGCCACCGGGCUAUCCCGGAGGCCCGCCGCCGCCUGGGUACCCCGGCGGGCCGCCUCCUCCCUACAUGCGCGCCUACUACAAGUCCGCCGGCAGCCGACCGGGCGUGCCACGUGGCAUGUUGCCGUACCCGCCGCCGUAUAUGCAUAUGUACGGCCCGCCGCCGCCUCACCACGGCAUGCCGCCGCCCGGCUACCCCGACUACCCCCCGCACCCCAUGGCCCCGCCGCACCACCCGCACGCCCACCCAGACGCCAGCGGCGGCGGCAGCGGCGGCGGCCCCGCCAGCACCUCGGGUGGCGGCGCCGCCGGCAGCACAGCCGCCGGAGGCCCGCCGUACACUCCUGUGAAGGGUGGUCCGGGGGCGCCGCCGCCAUUGGCGGGCUACGACCCCAUGAUGCCGUCUGCCUACCCGCCAAUCCCGGGCGGCAGCAGCGGCAGCGGCCCGCACCACCACCACCACCACCACCUGCACGCGCAGCACCACCAGCAGCAGCAUCACCAGCAGCACCGGCUGUCGUCCGUGCAGAGCGACCCAAGCAUGGUCUCUGCGGCAGCGGCAGCCGCGGGCAUGUAUCACCCCCACUACCCGCCGUACCCCGGAUACGGCCCGCCGCCGCCACACUCGGGAAGUGUGACCAGUGGCGGCGGCAGCGCCAGCACCCACGGCGGGCAGAUGGUGGUGGCUGGCCGCACAAUGGCCAUGACGCCGGCGGAGGCGGCGGCUGGCGGCGGCGGCGACAUGGCGAUGAUGAGCCGCAUGGGCAGUGAGCCGGUGGCGGCGGCCACGUCGCCGGCGGGCCAGCAGCCGGACAUGCACGGCGGGCUGUGACGGCAUAUGCCGAGGCGUGGGAAGCCCCCGCGGGUGCUCAGUGGGUUGGGCGGUGUUGACGGCCGGUGAUGGGUGAGGUGAGGGCUUUGGUGCGGCGCGGCACUGGGCGCAGCAGGCGGCCGGGACACGCCGGCGGCACCACCUCCACCACCACCACCACCUUUACCAGACCCGACGGCGGCUUAGCAUCCUGACACAAAGGACUCCACAAGUUGGCGUUGACAGCUCUGCGGAUGCGGUGGGUGCAAGAGCGCUUGUCACGAAGCAGGAGCGAUGGCGUUGAUUCUCGCGAGCUCGCCACCCCGGUUCUUGCAACACUCCACACUCCACACCAUACAUGGAUCCAGCUUCAUUACCUGUCGGAGGUGGGGUUUAGAACGCAACCUCCGGAAGAAGAGUAUUGUGGAGCAGGAUGUGUGUGCAUGUGCGCGUGCGUGUGUACGACACAUGUCACACGGGAACGGCACCUCGGUCUGCGUGCCGGCCGCGUUUUGCAGCGGGCGAGUGCACGUGGGCAGAGGCAGGUACGGGUCCCGGCUUGCCGAGCAGGCAAGGCGGCUUGCAGUGAGGUACUACCAAAGAAUACCGGGCGUGCUCAGCAAUGCUUCUUCCUUCUUCUUAGUGCGGCGUGUACGUCCUAGUCUUCUAACCUCGCCGAUUUUGCGGGCGCCGUGUUGAUUAACACGGCCAGACCCUGUUUGUCGUGUCUGGUGGAGUUCCGGCUUGUGGCCGGACGAGGCUGGGACAGCAAGCAAUUACAGUAUAUCUAUGAUACCUGAUUCUGGUUGAGGUAACGAUUCUUCCUAGGCAUCAGCGCUUGAGGGCGGUUUGGAGAGUGGAUACACGAGGAUUGGACGAUCGGGUAGGCGCGUCUAUUGGCUGCUGGCUGGGCUCUUGAUCAGGGCCGGCGUGACAGAAUUAACACACUGCUCUGCGAGAGCAUCUAGAAUUGCUAUUUGGCCAGCGACGUGUUGUAAUGUGAUGAUAGGCGGGUCAACCUGGUCAACGGAUAGCGUGCCUAGCUGAGGAAUGCGCACGAUUGCUCAAUCGUGGACGGCUUGCCAACGAGAGAGGGGAUGUAGGUUGUGUGUAGGGAGAAGAGCACAGUAGUCAUCACCCAGGGGCACUCUGCUCUUUCCGCAGAGUGCUCCGGCUGAUCGAUAAGCCUAUUGAUUGAUGCACUUAGAUGUAUUUAGGCGUUCUUCAUAGACGUGUGUGUGCCCUGUGCCUGUGUGUUGUGUGUGGCACGUACCCGCAUCGUGCCUACACACAGUCCUGUGGACUUCUGCAUUACAUUGCAUUCACUUCUUCCACUUCUCUUCCUUAACUCUCUCUCUCCUCUUUCGCAAGCGUUGAGGGUGCCGUGGCUUGGUGGCAUGAAUUGAUGACACAGAGUGAAAGCGUGCGUUCGACUUCGGAGCCUUCUGUAAUCAAUGAGCACU